AUGACCAAACAAUUGCUCUUCCUCUCCUCUUUUACGCUUUCUUCGUCGGUCCAGUGUUUCAUUCCCCAGUCAUCCACAGUCUUCCUUUCCUCCUUCACAGAACGAGUCACCGUCGGUGAAGAAGUUGCCGUCCAGCCAUGGUUUGAAGGUGCCGUACUGACGGUCACAGGAGGAAUGCACUUAUUGUCACCGAAAGGGACAUUCAAAGGAUCAUUGUUAUCAUCUUGUGGGCUUGCCCUCCUAAUUUCCGAUCAAAGCAACCAAGCAUCUACUACAUCUACUACCGUUCAUACUUCUAAUUCCUCUCCUUCUACUUCUGUCCUCCGACCUGAACAAGCAUCCAUCACACAAGAGCAGUAUGAUCAGAUUCUUAAACUUCUUCGAAAGGAACAAGAUGAUAUUGCCGUAAAUGUGACUGACUGUCCUGAUGAGACUUUCUCAGGUUUGGUUGCUGCUCUUCCUAAAUCCUUUUGUGAAUCUCAUUGGAUUCUUGAUUCUGGAGCCACCUGUCAUGUAGUCAAUAGUGUUGAUAUGUUUGAUACGGUUGAUAGAUACACUGGUCCUAUAAAAAUGAUUAAAGUACCCAAUGGAAGUCGCAUGCUCAUCACUCACGAUCUCAUUCGUGGACAGACGAGGGAGAUUGAUGUGUGGGGACCAUAUAAAAGGCCCAGUUACAAAUUCUAUCGUUACUUUCUUACUAUUGUCGAUGACUACACACGUUGUACUUGGACUUUUCUGCUUGUUAAUAAAAGUGAUACUGUUUAUCAUUUAAAGAAUUUUCUUGCCUAUGUCCAUACUCAGUUUACUUCUACUGUUAAGAAAAUUCGUAGUGACAAUGGCUUAGAAUUUGUUAAUGCUGAAUUACAACAUUAUUUGCAAAGCAAAGGAAUUAUACAUGAGACUAGUUGUCCCUAUACCCCACAACAAAACGGUGUUGUGGAACGUAAGCAUCGCCAUCUAUUGGAUGUUGCUAGGAGCCUUCUAUUCCAAUCUGGUAUACCCCUAAAGUUUUGGGGGGAAGCUAUUAAAACUGCAACUUUUUUGAUCAAUCGUACUCCCUCCUCUACUUUAGGUCAUAAAACUCCUUUUGAAUUAUUAUAUGGUUACCCACCUGAUUUGUCUUUCUUAAGAGUUUUUGGUUGCUUGGCCUUUGCCACUAAUUUAAAUAUUCAAGACAAGUUUCAAAAUCGAUCUGAACCCUGUGUUUUCUUGGGUUAUCCUGGCACUCAAAAGGGUUAUUUGCUUUAUAAUCUCCAAUCUCAUAAUUUUUGUGUUAGUGGACAUGUCAUCUUUGAUGAAACCAGGUUCCCCUUUCAAGAUGCAGCAGGUCUCAAUCAAGGGGGAGCUCCUCAUAAUGAUAUGAUUGAUCCCUUAGAGCAGUUCAGCCACAAGUAUGAUGAAGAAGCUCCUCUGCCUAUUACUUUCAGGCAAGAUACUUCCUCUUUUGACCACCAAGACACUGUUGGAGAUAAGCAUGCAUAUUCUAUCUAG